AUUCAAUAUCUAUUUCUCGAAUCAUAACUUCUCUCUUAUAAUUUUCAAUCAAAACUUCAAUUCGAUUUAUUUCUAUAUAAGAUAAGAUGGCUCGAUUCAGAGUGUUUUUGGUGAUGGUUUUGGCCUUGUUUUUGGUUGGAUCCGGUACAGCUCAAUCUCCUUUAGCCGCCCCAGCUCAAUCUCCGGGAAGAUCUGUAUUCCCCCGAGCAUCGCCACCACAGGCGACAGUUUCCGCACCGGUACCGGCACCGGCGAGAUCUGCAGUUCCGACCGUCGCACCAUCUCUGGCUCCAGCUCUCGCUCCUUCUGCGGUUUCACCAGUCGCUUCUCCCCUGGCUUCCCCGCCCGCGCCUCCCGCCAGUUCUCCGGCUGCGUCUCCCUCUGUUUCCGGCGCUAAUCCGCCAUUCAACGCGCAGUCUCCUGCUGGUGCUGCUGCUAACUCUGUUGCCAGAGCUUCCGGCUUGAACAAAGUCGCCCUCGCUGGAUCUGCGGGAUUAGCUUUGUUUGCUGCUUCUUUGCUGUUUUAAGUUCUGUAUAACUUCUAUUCCGAUUCUCACGCUUUGAUUAUUUUGCAGUAUCUGUACUUAUUUUCGUUUUGUUUGGAAAUUAUUCUUCAUAGUUUCUGAUGAUCAGAGUUAGGAUGGACAGAAUAGGUAGGAUAUAAGCAUAAAAUCGUCGUUUCAGAUGUGAUUAUACCUAUAUCUCACAGUGUUCAUUAUUGUUCUCAUUGUCGGUUGUGAUUCUUUUAUUGAUAUACGGAGUACAAUAAUUCUUAUUAUGUGGUCGAACUCUUUGUUCCUAUUUCAUGUAUACUCUGUUAAUUUUCCUGGUUGAUGCCGUUGUGUGAUUUUUUUCAAAAUAGGAGUAAUUAGUUUAAUCACAUGUAAAUACUAUCCUCCUUAUCGCAGCAGUCUCCUUAUCACAUUAGUUUUAACAUGCCAAAUUACACACUAUUCAUGUAUUCUAUUCUACUUUCAC